AUGGGGUUGGGGUGGUGGCGGGGCUCCGGGAGGGAGGGAAGGGAACAGACUCUGUCAGCUCGCCUCGCCCGUCCUCGGACCUCUCGGAUCUUCCGAUCGCGCGCUUCUAACUGCCACUCGGUCCGCGAAUCAUGGGCAAUGAUCAGCCGAGUGUGCGCAUAUCCGCGCGGGAAUUCGUCGUUGGCUUAUCGACUUGCUUACAUGGACGCUGGGCAUGCGGUCGACAUCGUGCCGUCCCUCCCCUUCCUCUACCUCCACCUCCACCUCUACUUCUUCCUCCGGCGACCUGCCAAUUCUCGGACGGAAGCCAUGUUCCGCACGAACCAAGUCCCUUCUCAGUACCUGCCUGCCUACCUACGUACCUGGGACCCCUGGCUCCGACUUCGGCUUCACCAGAACCCCAAAUACCGAGCGAUUGUGUUCCGUGUGAUUCAGAUCCCAAAGAUCCCGGGCACACGCAGACCCACCACCCUGAUGCCCAAGAGGGUACAGGAGGGUAGGCGAGGUUAG